UUUUUUUUUUUUUUUUUUUUUUUUUUUUUUUUUUUUUUUUUUUUUUUUGUUCUUUCUUUUUCCCCUCCUGAUCUUGGGAGCUGUGAAAAAGUCCUGUUGUUGAACUUGAAUUGGGAAACGAAUCUGGUAGCAUUCCUUUCUGGUGUCCACCUUAAUCUCCUCCCCCUGCGAUAAUGAGAAAGGGCCACUGUUGGGGGGGAGAAGUGAGUUACUUGGUGCACUCUCCACCAUAUUUUGAGGUGUCAUUAGUGGCUAUUUCCCUGAAGAGGUUAAGAAUAGCAAGACACUGAUGGAGGAUGCAACAAGCUGGUUGUGCCUUUUUUUUUUCUUCUUUUUUUUUAUUUGGACUUGCCCCCCUCACUCCCUGUUUCCCUUUAAUUUCUUCCACUGUAUUCUCCAGUCCGGUGUCACAAGAAUUCAACACUGCUCACACUGUCAUUUGAGGGUGUUUGGGAUUCAGUUUAUGUGCUAUUAAGUUAUAAGAAGCACAAAUAGAAUUAAUAAAUAAAAACUUGAGUAAAAAAAACAACUUGUAAAUGUUUUUCUUUUUAAUACUGGUUUGUUCUUAAAGCACCUGUUUUUACAUUUUCCAGAUAAUCCUUUGAAUGUUCAAAUCAAAGGUCUUGAACUGCACUUGUUCAAAUCCUGUUCAAACAUGCAUUUGUCUACACUGAAGUAGUUGACUGGUUUGUUCAGCUUGAGCUGAGGAUUACAGAUGGUACUUUGCUGUGAUGGAGCAAACUGCAUGAUGCAGAGAAGCCCUUCCCUUCAAACCUUUGAAAUAAUUCUGUAUUGUAAUGGUUUAGUAUUUUAACUAAACCAUUUUUGAAAAUGGGGCUUUCAACAGUUUUUAAAAACUUGUCAAUCUGAUUUUAAAUCAUUUUACUGAAACUUGGGAACUAGAAUUACUGGUAAUACAGUUGAGGGUUUGGGGGGGGAUAAAGGGAACUUCAUAUAGGUCUGUAUCAGCAAUGGGAAUUGGAUUUAUACAGAACUGGAAAGCAGUAUCAGGUUAUAUUUAACCACAUACACUUGUGUUUAAUAUUUUCAGAUCAAACAAAUGAUUCAAAUUAUCUCAAAUACAAGAUGUUUUCAUUGUUUUAUUUGGGGAUAAAAAGCUAUUGAAACCCAACCUGGCCCAAGAUGGAAAAAUAAUUCACCCCCCUGUUUAAUCCACUUAGCACUUUGUAGUGCUAAGUGCUAUGCCUAGGAUUACUGCUGGGCACAUAAAAGGAAAUGAUAGAACCUUUUCAGCUAUAUGAAGUAGGCUGAUUUCAAAAAUAAACCUUGUGGUCAGAUUGAAAUCAAUUCAAGAAUAGACUAAACAGCACCAAUGAUGUCGGUCACAAAGGGUCACUAAGCCAUUUUUGAGAUGUGAUCUAUUCUUGAUGAACUUGAGAAAACAUUGGAAAUUACCCAACACUUGUUGGGUAAUUGUUUUUUGUUUACAUAGAUUGCAAUACAGAAGUUUAGUCACAUUUUUACUUUUAUUUUUCCCUUUUAACAGUUAUGAACAAGCUUAAAGUGUUUUCAGAGAUAUAAGGUCCGCUUCAGGAGAUCCGUCCUGCCCACAAUCAUCAACAAUGCAAUUUCAUUAAUUUGACAAAACGAGUUGUAUUUAAUUUCCCUUUGGCAUUAAAGUAUUUUUUAAUUAAAUUUUAAGAUCAUCCAAAGUCCCACACUAAUAUCUCACCCCAACCACUGGUAUAAUAUAAACUUAAAAUGUAAACUCUAUAACAUACAUAUGCUGCUAUUUAAGUGCAAAUGUGAGCAUGUUUAUUCUCACCAUCGUUUGUUUCUAUGUGCUUUAAUUGGGUACAGUGUUCAUUUUGAAGGCGUCUGUAGAGACAGAAGGAAGGGGGGGGGGGUCAGUUUGGUUGGGGGAGGUGCUAUAAAAAACACAGGAAGAACAGAGACCUGCGUGUUAAUGUUUAACCUGAAAAACAUUAAAAAAUCCCCCGCGGUGCAGCGCCUCGAAGUAACCAACCUUGAAGGCAGAAAACAUGAAAACAUUUUUAUCUAGUAUCAAACUACACGAGCUCUUAUAAACCAAACAAGAGCGACCCCCACCCUUUAAGAAAGCAGGGCCAAAGUUCACAGGAAGCUGGGGGGCUGCCAUUUUUCCCCUGCUGCUGCUGCUGCUAACGUUUAACGGUAGAUGCUAAAGCGACGGGAGGGGCGGCUGGUUCGGGGCUUUUCUAGCUAGCUGGCCUCGGUGGAUCGAGACCGUAAAAGCGUAAUCUGUCAGUUCUCCGUCGGUCGACGCCAACGACCAUUGUUGUUUAAUGAAUUCGGUAUGGAGAAGGUAGCGGAGCCGUCUUGGACCUCUUCGUACACCUACCAGGUGAGCAAGCACAGCGCGGAGAUGCUACACAACCUCAACGUUCAGAGGAAAGAUGGAGGCAGGUUCUGCGACGUGAUCCUGCGCGUCGGCGAGGAGAGCUUCCCCGCUCACAAAGCGGUGCUGGCCGCCUGCAGCGAGUACUUCGAGUCGGUGUUCGGCCGUCAGACAGAGGGCGAGGGCGACGCCAAGGAGCUGGAGAUGCACACGAUCAGCCCGAAAGUUUUCAAAGACAUCCUGGACUUCGCUUACACCUCCAGGAUCGUGGUUCGGCUGGAGUGCUUCCCGGAGUUGAUGACGGCUGCCAAGUUUCUGCUGAUGCGGUCCGUCAUCGAGAUAUGUCAGGAGGUCAUCAAGCAGUCCAACGUCCAGAUCCUCGUCCCAACCACCCGGGGAGGAGAGGCCAGCCUCUUCCAGGCCGCGGGGGCCACGGAGCUGGGUUUCCCCGUGGCUCCGCCGGAGCUGGUAAACGGAACGGGUAUAUUGUUAAACGGCCAAGGCUUUGUGAACAGCACGCAGAUGCAUUUGGACCAGAGCGGAGACACGCCAGCAGUGCUGCUGGAGGACGGCUGCGAGUCGUCGGUGCCGAUGUUGGAGCCUGUCGAAGGACUCUCUAUGUCCCCGUCGGCGGAAAUCACGGGGAGCAUGUUUCAUCACGACGCUGGCUCGCCUGGAUCCAAACGGGGAAGAGGGAGACCGAAGAAAGAGGCUGUCCACUUUAAUCACAUUAACCAGAAGGACAACGGACAGCUGUUCCCCUGCGGGGCCUGCGGGAAAGCUUUCACAGAGGCGUCUCGGUUAAAGAACCACGAAGCGCAACACGGAGCCUCCACCGGGGGCGUCCACAGCCUCGGAGACGGCCUGUCAACACCGGGGGGUCUGUCUUUACUAUCGCAGUCCGGGCUGCUGGAAAACGGGGUGCAGCUACCCGGAGGACUGGCUCUGGACAACAACCGCAAGCGGGAGCGGACCAGGCGGCAUGUGGGUUGUGACAUUUGCGGGAAAGUUUUCCGGGACGUGUAUCACCUGAACCGACACAAGCUGUCCCACUCCGGGGAGAAGCCGUACGCGUGUCCCGUGUGCGGGCUGCGGUUCAAGCGCAAGGACCGGAUGUCGUACCAUGUUCGGUCCCAUGAUGGCUCGGUUGGCAAACCGUAUGUGUGCCAAAGCUGUGGGAAGGGUUUCUCCAGACCUGACCACCUGAAUGGACACAUUAAACAAGUGCACACGACAGAGAGACCCCACAAGUGCCAGAUUUGUAACGCCUCCUUCGCGACAAGAGAUCGCCUCCGGUCGCACCUCGCGUGCCACGAGGACAAAAUUCCCUGCAAAGUUUGCGGCAAGUUCCUGCGAGCCGCGUACAUGACGGACCACCUGAAGAAACACAGCGAGGGAACUCACAACUACUGUGGCAUUUGCAAUAAAGGUUUCUCCACUGCGUCCUACCUUAAGGUUCAUAUAAAGACGCACCAUGGCUCACCACUGCCCACUUCUGCCACAAUGCACACCUUCCCUGAUCCAAGGGGGGAGCUGCAGCUCCAGAUGCACAACGGCACCCCUUACCAAAUGGGACGCCAGUGCUCAGUGGAAGACGGGCAGGAAAACGCCGGCAAGUGUCCCCACCUGGAGUCGGAGGAGUCGGAUACUUCUCUAAGGGAAUUGUCCAGCGUUGACGAGCUCAAGUCUCCGACCAAACCCGACGGGCCGGAACUUGAGAUGCCCUCCCUCGCCUGCAACGGGGCUCCCACCGGGAUUCUUGGCUCUCCAGAUGCUUCUAAAGCCAACAGAGACCCCGAGAAGAAGUUUGUCUGUGGGAUCUGUGGCCAGGCGUUUCGCACCAAGUCCUACCUCAACAAGCACCAGCACCGAGUUCACAAAGCCCAGCGGACCCACGGGGUCCCGGGGUCUGGCUUAAGCGAGAUGGCACCCUCCCUAUCGUCCCCCUUCUCCCCCCAACAAAACAUGUCCCUCCUCGAGUCAUUCGGCUUUCAGAUAGUCCAGUCUGCCUUCGCCUCGUCUCUUGUGGACACCGAGGCAGGUCAGAGUGGAAUCGAGUUUGGAGGGAAGUAACGGUUUCUCGGAGGCUUUUACAGGCCGCCGCUUGGCCUCUUCGUUCUUAGGACAAAGCCGGGUUGCCCACAGAAAACGCCCCGUGUUUGGGAAAAACUUUGCCUCAAGACUACUCUUUUUGUUUGUCUCGUUGCUUAACCUGCAUCCAGAGUUUUUGUCAGAAACUGCCAUCGAAGUCCUACUUUUCUAUGUUUUCAGAGGCUAAAAAGGGGUGUGUUCACCAUUUAAAGUUUGCGUGUAAAGAAAUGAGUUUUCUUUUUUGUUUUCACUGAUGUCAGUCUCUGAAGGUUACGUUACGUUUCUUUCUCCGAUGGUUUUAUUCUGAGCUUUCUCAGCUGCACAAAUAUUCUUCUCAUGAGAUGACUUAUUGACGUUAAUAUUAGGUGUAGUUGCUAGCUUACUCACUUUAGCUGCUCUAGCCAGCUUUAAAAUGGAUCCUUGGCCAUCCCAGCAAUUACAGAUGUCUUUACCUCAGAGCAACAGCAGGGCUUAUAUUUAGAUUCAUGUAAUCUUUUUUUGUUUUUGUUUUCUGGGUGGGAAUUUAAAUUGGCUUCAGUUUUUUUUUGGUUACAUUGUGAAGAUGAAACAUGCCUAACAGGCUGUCACUAUUUGAGAACAAGAGAUGCAGCAUCCAAUCACCCUGGUAAAGAUGCAAAACUAACCUUAAAAUAAAUUCAUCUGUUAUUGCAGCAGCACUGAAAAAAAGAGGGGGAAAAGAAGACUUUCAAUACUUCACCCUGUAGAUUCCCCAAUUACUUUUUUAAACCAAUUUUCAUGACUCUUAUUUCAGGACAAACAUCUCAUUAGGGUUCACAUUUUAAACUCUCUUCAGUAUCUGAGAUUAGCGUUUAGCACAAAAAGGCAGUUAUUACUGACUUGUAAACUGUGUGUGUAUAGAGAAAGUGAAGUCUUAACUUUCAGUAAGAGGAGGGAUCUUUGACUACUCCCCUUCACACACUCUCUCUAGGCCCUUCAGAGGUCAAGGUUCUCUCUUAUGCCGUCUUCUCUUCAGCUCUUCCCACAACGUUUCUGUAGGAUUUAGGUCUGGGUGACUGAGAUCACCAUGGAGACAGAUCGAUCAUGAUUCAAAUGCGUCAUUUCUGUUCCCAUUUGAUUUGCUUUGUUAAUCAUCGCGGUAUCUCAACAAAUUCACGACGCCAACGUUUCUAAGCCCUGUAGAAGAGAAGCAGACCCACAGCAUCACAGGUCCUCCACCGUACCUUUAUUUUACACCAAACUCACCUGGAGGGUUUUUUUCCUCAAAAGCUUAAUGUUUGUCAUCUGGUCUAAACACACGGUUCAGGUUAAAGUAACCAACAGAGUUUGACAAACGUUUAGUUUUGGCAAGAUAAAAAUCGGUCCUCGUUCACCUUUCUUGGCUCCAGUUAUAGUUACUAUUUUAGCAUAACUGACUAUUAGUGUGGGAAAAACGAAGGUUAAUAGCUAUUUUUAAAGACUUGUAGACUUCUGAAGAUCAACACACGUUGGAUGUCUUUCCCAUUGUGCAGAGUUGUUAAGAGAAUUGAGUCCAUCACAUUGUGUAUAUACCUCAGGACAAGAGGAAGUCUGAAGUCAAUUUCAAUUUAUGUUAAUAUUACAUCACAUUAGUUAUUAUAAAGCUUUUUUACAUUUUAUCGCAGGCUAAUAAUUGUAUCAUCAGAUAUUUUGUUCAUUAUUUCUAAAACUGAGUUGGAGGAAAGAAAAAUGAACUUAAAUAUUGGAUUUACUUCGUAUCGAGAUUAUGCUGCAGAGAUGGAGAUGAAUUUACUUUAAGGGUUUUCACUCAUCUGUACCAGGCCUGCUGUACAUUAUAUUUUCUGAAAUAUCAGUUUUUAAACACCCUCAUACAGUUAAGAAGCACUUUUCAAAGGGACUUUCUUUGUUUGUGUUUUAUGUGCUCAUUAAAUUGUUUAAAAGGAAAAAAAAACAAUUCAAGGAAGAAAAGUCAUGGAUUGAUUUAAAUUUAGACAAACGUGGCUAGAGUUUGUUAAAUGGACAGUGAUCUGACUCUUUUUUUUUUUUUUAUCUCCUCUCUAUUUGAUACUGCUGAACCAGAAGUCCUACUUUGAUUACGUUUCUUAAUUUCACUAAAACGCGUCCAAACAGAGGAGGAGACUAAAAGAGGAAAUCGGGGAUUCGCAGACCGAUUUUAAAUGGAAGGUCUGGAUCAUGUCCGAGUCUUUGCGUUAGUUUCUUGAAUGAGUUAAAUGCAUGAAACGGGGACCAAGAUCAGGUAUAUUUUCCUUAUAUAUAUUUUAAAAGAUGUAGAUUAUAUUUUAAUAACUUAUUCAUACUCUGAGUUUUGUGUUUUGUUUUAAUUUACUGUCAAAAAUCUUGUUUUAUUCUUGUGUUUUCACUUUAAUUUAUGGUAAACGGAGGCGUGAAUAUGUGUGUUGUGGAAGAGGUGUUGGGACGCUUCGCAGAGGGAGCGAGUCGCAGCCGACGGAGCCACCUGGUCAAUGGUUUCACACCUUCAUCAUCUGGACUUUUCCUCUUCCUCUUCAUCUUGUGCUCGGAGCCGUUUGUGCUGCAUCCCGUUGCCGUGGGUCUCUCUACGUUAACGGCUCCUGUCCUGGGUCGGACGUUACACGAUUGAGAGUCUUGAGCGAUGCGUUUAUGUGGCAGAGGCAAACAAGCGGUUCAUUGAAAACCUCUUUUUGUGGGGACAUGAGGAAUUAUGCAACAUAUUUUAAUGGGUAUGCUUGAUUCACGUCAAAGGCAUCAAACGUUUUGACAUCCAGUCAGCUCAUUUUCAAACCCUCAGUUUUGGUUUACUCGUCGCUCAAAGCUCAGCAGGAAUAAAAGCCAGUAAACGUUUAUGUUUUAAGUUAUUUGGCUCUUGCUCAAAAAGCACCCGAUUCUACCGUAUUUCUGGAUUUAUCUUAAUUGCUGCUCCGCUGUAGCCCUAAUCAUGACUCGCCUCCCUUACGUUUUCCUGUAAAUAUUUGAAGCUGAAGUACAAUGAAACUUUUCGAGCACAGAGUCUCGCUCUGUCACAUCCGCACGGUUGCGAAGCACCCACUGAACUUCACGCAUCAGAUGUAUUCUCAUACUUGCUUAUUUUUGUUGAAGACGUGUAUUGCGAUGCAAAUCAGACUCAGUCUAGCAGUUAAGGGCUGACGGUGUGUGUAUGUGGUGAGUGGAUGAUGGAUCUCGGUGUAUGCCGUUUAAUUAUUUGUGAGUAUUUUAGUACAUUCCUAUAUUAUUUAUGGUUAUAUUGUGAUUGUAACAAGUGUAUAUACCUUCCAUACACACACACUCACACACACUCUCUCUCUCUUUUUAUAAAUAUAUAUAUAAAUAGAUAAAUAUAUGAACCAACCUGUUUGAUCUGUGUUUGUAAGUGGUGAGUUUUGUACAUAUACAGGUUUAGUUUCUUGUGUUGUUGGGAGGGAUGUUAAGUUAUGGCCAUCUGAAGUGUAAAGUUCAGGCAUGCAAGCUGAGCUGGGGACUGAAUGUCGAUCACUGGUUGGUGGCUGUAGUCGUUUAUAUUAGUUACACUGAACUAUCUAUCACGUUGCCGUGGUAGCGCUCACACUGCCAGCUGCUCGACUCUUUGACCAAGCUUUUUCUUUUUUCUUUUUACCCAUUCUGCACUGGUGUUUCCUCAUUUAAAGGUUUUGUUACAUUUACUGUUUAGAACACCUGGAAUAUGCUGUAAAGAAGUAAUAAACCUUUGUUUUAGACGUUAUUAGGAAUAUAUGAUCUGUUUGUUCUUUCCCAAAAUUGAAUUAUGAUAUUAAUUGAUUGUUUUUGGGUUAAAUGUUUUGCUUUCUGCUUUUUGUCUGUUGCAAAGUGCCUUCCAAAUACUGAUUGUGCUCAGCAGUGGAUUAAUAAAAAUAAAACGGUCCUUUUUCUUUUCUAAAGGGUAAAAAUUGUACAGAGUGACUUGCAUUGACACUUUUGUAUAAAAAGCGCAAGAUGUACAAUAUGUUACCUUGGUAUUUUAUCAUUGUACUCGACGGGAUUGCUCUUAAAAACACUUGAACUCUGUGUUUUGUUAUGACGUCUGGACAUAUUUCAUUAUGAGCUUACUUUUCUAUAGAUAUUUGUUUUUGUACUCUGUUAUUGAGUCUCGUCUCAAAUUCUUGGUUUAGAGAUGAGAAUCAAAUAAAUUGCAGCUGAAAAUCUCCAAA